GCACCGCCAGCAUCAAGAGCCAUCCAGACCCAAGGUGGGACCAGUUUUAUAUAUGCAGUCUAUGGGGGGGACGCAGGGAGUCAGACAGGUGGUCUGGAGGCUGACAUGGGCUGCAGCUGCUCGCUUCUGGACGUAGUCUCGGCUAGUAACGACUUAAUGAAGUGAAAAUGAAGUCAUUUGUCUUCUGUGAGGAGGUGGAGCAAUGAAGGGAGAGCCAUGAUGCAGCAGCAGCAGGCUGUAGCCAAACCCAGGAGACAAGCGUUACGGGGAGCCGGUUACCUGUACCACGCUCAACCCUCCUCCUGUCUUUCCCUGACAGAGGAACUCUUCUUAGAAGCUGCAGAAUAUGGCAACCUUCCAGAAGUCAGGUGGAUGCUAGAGGAGCUGCCAGACCUCAAUGUCAACUGUGUGAAUUACAUGGGCCAGAAUGCACUGCAGCUGGCAGUUGCCAAUGAGCACUUCGAGGUAACUAAGCUCCUACUUAGGAAGAAAGAGCUCUCUAGAAUAGGAGACGCGUUGCUUUUAGCCAUCAGUAAAGGCUACAUCCGUAUAGUGGAGGCCAUACUGAGCCAUCCGGCCUUUGGAGAUGCUCAGAGGCUGACUAACAGUCCCAGCCAGGCGGACUCAAACGAUGACUUCUUUGCCUAUGACGCGGACGGCACACGUUUCUCUCAUGACAUCACUCCCAUCAUCUUGGCCUCUCAGUGCCUCGAGUAUGAAAUCGUUCAUAUACUGCUUAUGAAGGGGGCCCGUGUAGAGCGGCCCCAUGACUACUUCUGCCAGUGCAGGGCCUGCAGCGAGCAGCAGAGGCGUGACUCCUUUAGCCAUUCACAAUCCCGCAUCAAUGCAUACAAAUGUCUGGCCAGUCCAGCAUAUCUGUCCCUCUCCAAUGAAGACCCAGUGAUGGCGGCUCUGGAGCUGAGCAAUGAGCUGGCAGUUCUGGCCAACAUUGAGAAGGAGUUCAAGAAUGAUUACAAGAAACUGUCCAUGCAGUGUAAAGACUUUGUGGUGGGACUCCUGGAUCUGUGUCGAAACACAGAGGAGGUGAAGGCCAUCUUAAAUGGGGACACUGAAUCACGUCAAAGCUCUGAGACCGUCGGCAGACAAAACCUCAUCAGGUUAAAACUUGCAAUAAAAUAUGAAGUUAAAAAGUUUGUGGCACAUCCAAACUGCCAACAGCAACUCCUCUCCAUCUGGUAUGAGAACUUGUCUGGACUCCGUCAGCAGACCACAGCUGUUAAAAUCCUCCUAGUCCUUGGUGUCGCUAUUGGGUUGCCUGUCCUGUCCUUCAUGUACUGGAUAGCACCGUCAAGUAAGAUAGGGAAACUCAUGUGUGGACCGUUCCUGAAGUUUGUGGCCCAUGCAGCCUCCUUUAUGAUAUUUCUAUGCCUGCUGGUCCUGAACGCGGCAGACCGCUUUGAGGGAACGUCGCUGUUGCCUAACAUGACCACCCACGAUCACCCCUCACAACUGUUUCGUAUGAAGACCACCCCCUUCACCUGGAUGGAGAUUCUCAUCAUAUCCUGGGUCAUAGGGAAGAUCUGGGAAGAAUGUAGAGAUAUUUGGUCGCAGGACAUCCGGGAAUACAUCUCAGAACCCUGGAACCUUCUGGACUUUAGUAUUUUGACCAUUUUCAUGACCUCUUUCAUUGCCAGAUUAAUGGCUUUCUGGCAUGCAUAUUCUGCCCAGUGUUACGUUGACGAGCACUACACGGACCUGUCCAACAAGACCUUGCCCUUUGAGAUACAGUAUUUCCAGCUGGCUCGAAUCAACUGGAUGCCCUCCGACCCGCAGCUUAUUUCUGAAGGCCUGUAUGCAAUCGCAGUCGUGCUGAGUUUCUCUCGCAUUGCAUACAUCCUUCCUGCCAAUGAGAGCUUUGGGCCUUUGCAGAUCUCUCUGGGAAGAACAGUUAAAGACAUCUUUAAGUUCAUGGUGAUUUUCAUAACCGUUUUCGUGGCUUUCAUGGUGGGAAUGUUCACGCUGUACUCGUACUACCUCGGAGCCAAGCAUAACGAUGCCUUCACAACGUUGGAAGAGAGCUUCAAAACGUUAUUCUGGGCCAUCUUUGGCUUGUCAGAAGUGAAAUCGGUGGUCAUUAACAUCGACCAUAAGUUCAUUGAGAAUACUGGCUAUGUUCUGUACGGGGUGUACAACUUCAUCAUGGUGAUUGUCUUGCUGAAUAUGCUCAUUGCCAUGUUCAACAGCUCCUUCCAAGAAAUUGAGGAUGAUGCUGAUGUUGAGUGGAAGUUUGCCAGAGCUAAGCUUUGGUUCUCGUACUUUGAGCACGGCGGCACACUGCCUGUGCCCUUCAACCUGGUCCCCAGCCCCAGGUCUGUGGUUUCCCUCUUGCUGGGGAUAUGGGAAUUUCUCUGGGAUGUACCUAAAGGCAAAAGCAAAGAAAAUGCAAAUGAUGAGCCGGAGCUUAACAAGUUGAGGCAACAGGAAGAUCUGAGUGUGGAAGGAUCGCUUUGUCGUCACCAAGAUAUAAUGAAUCUCCUCAUCAAAAGAUACAUCUUAAAAGCACAGAGAGAUAAAGACAACGAUGAAAUAAAUGAAGGUGAACUGAAGGAGAUCAAACAGGACAUCUCCAGUCUCCGCUACGAGCUGCUGGAAAGGGCCAACCACGACAUGGAGACACUGGCACAGCUCAUCAGGCAACUGGGAGAAGUCAUGCAUGUUUAGCAGAAAGAGGAGCAGAAGAAUGAGCUGGCUAUACUUUGUAUUGUAUUUACUGGUCAAACUGCCCUCUUUCAGUCGGUCAGGGUCAAAGGGCCCUGACUGAACACACAUUACUGAACCAAAAAAACUGAUAAAAACAACCUGCUGCAACCUGAUCUCACAGAAUUCCAUGAAAUGAACAUGGCCCCUUAACUCAAAAUCUGUGGCAGUUUUACAGAAUCGCCGAAAAUUCCGUGAUGGGCCCACGGAAGAAUUCCGUCAAAUUAACACGGACCCUUAAAAUUCCGUGAUGGGCCCACGGAAGAAUUCCGUGAAAUGAACACGGCCCCUUAAAGGUGCCCUGCCAUGUCUGAAGUUCUACCAUGGACUCUGUAA